AUGUGUUUGUCUUUCCAUCACUCCUACCACUGCACUGAGCUUCACAGCACAUUACCAGGAGUUAGGAUCUGCCAGGCAGGAAAGGAGAGGGGUACAGGGGUACAGGGGUACAGAAGGGACAGGCAGGAGAGGGUACAGAGGGGCCAGGCAGGAGAGGGCACAGAGGGGCCAGGCAGGAGAGGGGUACAGAGGGGCCAGGCAGGAGAGGGGUACAGAGGGGCCAGGCAGGAGAGGGGUACAGAGGGGCCCGGCAGGAGAGGGGUACAGAGAGGCCAGACAGGAGAGGGGUACAGAGGGGCCAGACAGGAGAGGGGUACAGAGGGGCCCGGCAGGAGAGGGGUACAGAGGGGCCAGGCAGGAGAGGGGUACAGAGGGGCCCGGCAGGAGAGGGGUACAGAGGGGCCAGGCAGGAGAGGGGUACAGAGGGGCCAGGCAGGAGAGGGGUACAGAGGGGCCCGGCAGGAGAGGGGUACAGAGGGGCCAGGCAGGAGAAGAGAGGGGUACAGGGGUACAGGGGUACAGAGGGGCCAGGCAGGAGAGGGUACAGAGGGGCCAGGCAGGAGAGGGGUACAGAGGGGCCAGGCAGGAGAGGGUACAGAGAGGCCAGGCAGGAGAGGGGUACAGAGGGGCCAGGCAGGAGAGGGCACAGAGGGGCUAGGCAGGAGAGGGGUACAGAGGGGCCAGGCAGGAGAGGGGUACAGAGGGGCCAGGCAGGAGAGGAGUACAGAGGGGCCAGGCAGGAGAGGGGCCAGGCAGGAGAGGGGUACAGAGGGGCCAGGCAGGAGAGGGGUACAGAAGGGACAGGCAGGAGAGGGGUACAGAGGGGACAGGCAGGAGAGGGGUACAGAGGGGCCAGGCAGGAGAGGGCACAGAGGGGCCAGGCAGGAGAGGGGUACAGAAGGGACAGGCAGGAGAGGGGUACAGAGUGGCCAGGCAGGAGAGGGGUACAGAGGGGCCAGGCAGGAGAGGGGUACAGAAGGGACAGGCAGGAGAGGGGUACAGAGGGGCCAGGCAGGAGAGGGGUACAGAGGGGCCAGGCAGGAGAGGGGUACAGAGGGGCCAGGCAGGAGAGGGGCCAGGCAGGAGAGGGGUACAGAGGGGCCAGGCAGGAGAGGGGUACAGAGGGGCCAGGCAGGAGAGGGCACAGAGGGGCCAGGCAGGAGAGGGGUACAGAGGGGCCAGGCAGGAGAGGGGUACAGAGGGGCCAGGCAGGAGAGGGGUACAGAGGGGCCCGGCAGGAGAGGGGUACAGAGAGGCCAGACAGGAGAGGGGUACAGAGGGGCCAGACAGGAGAGGGGUACAGAGGGGCCUGGCAGGAGAGGGGUACAGAGGGGCCAGGCAGGAGAGGGGUACAGAGGGGCCCGGCAGGAGAGGGGUACAGAGGGGCCCGGCAGGAGAGGGGUACAGAGGGGCCAGGCAGGAGAGGGGUACAGAGGGGCCCGGCAGGAGAGGGGUACAGAGGGGCCAGGCAGGAGAGGAGAGGGGUACAGGGGUACAGAGGGGCCAGGCAGGAGAGGGGUACAGAGGGGCCCGGCAGGAGAGGGGUACAGAGGGGCCAGGCAGGAGAGGAGAGGGGUACAGGGGUACAGGGGUACAGAGGGGCCAGGCAGGAGAGGGUACAGAGGGGCCAGGCAGGAGAGGGGUACAGAGGGGCCAGGCAGGAGAGGGUACAGAGAGGCCAGGCAGGAGAGGGGAGAGGGGCCAGGAAGGAGAGGGGUACAGAGGGGCCAGGCAGGAGAGGGGUACAGAAGGGACAGGCAGGAGAGGGGUACAGAGGGGACAGGCAGGAGAGGGGUACAGAGGGGCCAGGCAGGAGAGGGCACAGAGGGGCCAGGCAGGAGAGGGGUACAGAAGGGACAGGCAGGAGAGGGGUACAGAGUGGCCAGGCAGGAGAGGGGUACAGAGGGGCCAGGCAGGAGAGGGGUACAGAAGGGACAGGCAGGAGAGGGGUACAGAGGGGCCAGGCAGGAGAGGGGUACAGAGGGGCCAGGCAGGAGAGGGGUACAGAGGGGCCAGGCAGGAGAGGGGCCAGGCAGGAGAGGGGUACAGAGGGGCCAGGCAGGAGAGGGGUACAGAGGGGCCAGGCUGGACAGGGGCACAGAGGGGCCAGGCAGGAGAGGGGUACAGAGGGGCCAGGCAGGAGAGGGGUACAGAGAGGCCAGGCAGGAGAGGGGUACAGAGAGGCCAGGCAGGAGAGGGGUACAGAGGGGCCAGGCAGGAGAGGGGUACAGAGGGGCCAGGCAGGAGAGGGGUACAGAAGGGACAGACAGGAGCUCCCACUCUGGAUACAAUUUUGGCUACAGGUAG